GCCAUCUUUAUUCUCAUUUUACCGGUGGAGUGGGAACACCGCUCCAGUUGCUAUCACUGCUCUAGCAGAACCUGCUGGCUAGUAGUGUCAAACACCGCUAAUCUACUCCUUGAAUUGUUUUACUUAACAUCGCCACUUUAAAUACAUACCGCCAUGGGUGAUCGAGAGGAGUUAGUUUACCAGGCCAAACUUGCCGAGCAGGCAGAGAGAUACGAUGAAAUGGUGGAGUCGAUGAAGAAUGUAGCUGGUAUGGAAGUGGAGCUAACAGUCGAGGAGAGAAAUCUGCUAUCAGUGGCCUACAAGAAUGUGAUCGGGGCAAGGAGAGCGUCCUGGAGGAUAAUCAGCAGUAUUGAGCAGAAGGAGGAGAGUAAAGGCGUGGAAGUUAAAUUGAAAAUGAUCCGGGAGUACAGACAAACGGUUGAAACUGAGCUUAAAUCAAUCUGUAAUGACAUCCUGGAUGUGUUGGAGAAGUACCUCAUUCCAGCGUCAACUUCAGGGGAGUCCAAGGUCUUCUACUAUAAAAUGAAAGGUGACUACCACCGGUAUCUGGCAGAGUUUGCCACAGGAAACGACAGGAAGGAGGCAGCAGAAAACAGUUUAGUAGCUUACAAAGCUGCAAGUGAUAUUGCUAUGACUGAACUUCCACCCACCCAUCCCAUUCGCUUGGGGCUUGCACUAAACUUCUCUGUGUUUUACUACGAAAUCCUGAACUCUCCUGACCGGGCAUGCAGGUUGGCAAAAGCUGCAUUUGAUGACGCUAUCGCAGAGUUGGACACACUGAGUGAAGAGAGCUACAAGGACUCCACACUCAUCAUGCAGUUGUUACGUGACAACCUGACACUAUGGACUUCAGACAUGCAGGGAGAUGAUUCCUAAAGGGGAACUAAAUUGCUCAUUCCCUAUAAAACUGUAUUUUGAGAGGAACAGAACAAAGAAGCGCUGCAAGACGUGGAGGAUGAGACUCAGUGAGAAAUCACAGCCAAUGUUAGACUCCACCUACCCAACACCCACUCCUACCCAAUCCCUCUUCAGUCCCACCCACCCACACACACACACACACCAACCCUCCCCCCUCCCCCCUCCUCCU